AUGUCGCAUUCUCAAAUGACUCUUUAAACAUGGAAUAAUGAUACGAUUGAUACCUUCUAGCUCACUCAGCAAAUCAAGAACUUGAACUAAAACUAUGGACACCCUCUUAUUGAAUAGGAUCACAUCUAAAAGAUAAUAAGACUUUAAAGUUUAGUAAGAGCAUUUAUAGCAAAGAGAAAUUAUCAGGUUCAGAAGUUUAUGAAGUAAAGUAUCACUUUGAAUACACGAUAUUUUACUCUAUCAGAAGCUCAAGAGACCAUCACCAAAUGUAAUUUUAAUAAUAAAGUUUACAUAAUUUUAGCCAAGCUUUAAAUAAUAUAGAAAAGAGUAAGAAAAGUUCCAUAUGUCUAUAAGAGCACUGGCAGUGUCUAUGAUGGUGAAUGGCUAGGGAAUUUCAGAGAUGGAUUUGGAAUAAUGACUUGGAUAGAUGGGGCAUAGUAUAUCGGUAAUUGGUCUUAUAAUAAAGCCUGUGGCAAAGGUUAAUUUAUUCAUGCUGAAGGGGACAUUUACGACGGUGAAUGGUACGCUGAUAAGGCUUAAGGCUAUGGAGUUUACAAGCAUGUCAAUGGAGCACUUUAUUAGGGGUAAUGGAAAGAGGAUUUGUAACACGGGCAUGGCUAUGAGAAAUGGGUAGAUGGAAGUUCUUACCUCGGAGGAUAUGUAGAUGGCUUUAAAUAAGGCAUAGGAUUCUAUAAAUGGAAUGAUGGUAGUGAUUAUGAAGGAGAAUGGCAUCAAAAUAAAAUCAAUGGAGGUACUUAUACCUGGCUUGAUGGUCGCAGAUAUGAAGGUCAAUGGUCGAAUAACAAUAUGCAUGGAAUAGGCUAUUAUAGAUGGGGAGAUGGUAGAACUUAUGAAGGGGAAUAUAAAGAUGAUAAGAAGCAUGGAUUUGGAAUUUAUUAAUGGUCUGAUGGCAGAAUAUAUAUGGGAUAUUGGCAAAAUGGAAAAUAGCAUGGACUCGGAACAUUCAAGACUCAAACUGACCCAUAGUUGAAAUUUGGACUAUGGGAGGAUGGGAAAAGAAUUCAAUGGUUUGAAGAUGAAAUAACUAUCAAAGAACUUAUGAAUAAGUAAUAUGAUUAUAGUGAACUGUACACUUUAGCAUCUUCAAUUGAAGUAGGAUUUUUAAUAGUAUAUUCAUCUUAUUCUAGGCUUCGAAAUUAUCUAUUACAACAUUUGAGUCCCCAGAAAAUUUUCGUGAAAGAUCGAAUAUCAUUAAGCAGAGGUUGA